AGAAGAAGAACUACACUACCCAGAGGGUAGACGAUUUAGACGAUUGGCUGAAGCUGCCCACUCCCCCUUGAAUGUGGUAACAGCAACUCCGUAGACGUUAUGUGAGGCUUCGAUAUGAUUAACUUUCUUUGUUUGACACUUCUAGGACGAUAAACAGAUAUUCCAACAGUUAAUAUACAUUUAUAACAUGGCUUUUCAUGGUAGCAAGUGCUGCCGCUUAAUAGUAGGCAGACAUUACGAUGUCAAGGCCCUGUCAACGCAGCGCGUGAAACUAUUUGUACCAAGCUCAACACCCAAGUUGCUGCGGUGGUAUUCCAGCGCAACACAAGAGGAAAAUGAACUUGAACUCGUAUCUCUUGCAAACUCAAGUGCAGCUGUCCCUGCAACAAAAAUUGCGACGACACAGGAGCUGGCUGUACCAGUGGGCCAGAGGCAAAGGUUGAAUGAGGAAGUUCUACCCUUCUCUGCCUUCCUGACAGACAACUUUGGCAGACAGCACAGCUACCUACGCAUUUCCCUGACAGAGAAAUGUAACCUUCGCUGUCAGUACUGUAUGCCAGAAGAGGGGGUAAAGCUCACCCCUCGCGCUCAGCUCCUGUCUACUUCCGAGGUGCUGACCUUGGCCCAGCUGUUUGUACGAGAGGGUGUGGAGAAGAUCCGCCUCACUGGGGGAGAACCACUCAUCCGACCAGACGUCCUGGACAUCAUCACGGAGCUGAGGAAGUUGGAGGGCCUGAAGACCAUUGCUGUGACCACCAAUGGUAUGAACCUGGUGAGGCUGCUGCCUAAACUGAAGGAGGCUGGUCUGGACCUGCUCAACAUCAGCCUGGACACCCUGGUGCCGGCUAAGUUUGAGUUCAUCGUCCGGCGGAAAGGGUUCCACAAGGUCAUGGAAGGUAUUGACAAAGCCAUUGAGAUGGGCUAUAACCCUGUCAAGGUCAACUGUGUUGUCAUGCGGGGCCUCAACGAGGACGAGCUUCUGGACUUUGUGGCCCUGACAGAGAAGAAGCCUCUGGAAGUACGCUUCAUUGAGUACAUGCCCUUUGACGGUAACAAAUGGAACUUCAAGAAGAUGGUGAGCUACCAGGAGAUGCUGGACCGCAUUAGACAGCAGUGGCCCAGUUUGGAACAGCUUCCACUCGGAAAGACCGACACAGCCAAGACAUUUAAGGUGCCAGGCUUUCAGGGCCAGGUGGGCUUCAUCACCUCCAUGUCGGAUCAAUUCUGUGGCUCCUGCAACCGACUACGCAUCACGGCAGACGGCAACCUCAAGGUGUGUCUGUUUGGGAAUACGGAGGUGUCCCUGAGAGACGUUCUGCGCUCUGGAGCUUCUGACCAGAAGCUGCUGGAUAUCAUUGGUGCCGCCGUGGGCAGGAAGAAGAAACAACAUGCAGGCAUGUUCAGCAUCUCCCAGAUGAAGAACAGACCCAUGAUCCUCAUCGGUGGGUGACGCGGCUACACCACACCCCAAAGGCCCCUGUCCCUGCCCAAGUCCAGAGUCUGCCAGUGGUCCUCCCUCCCCUCGUCUAUGUCCCAGAUCCUGCAGUCCUCACCUCAGCUAUGGCCCUCCAACUGUACCACUCCAGAAGUGGAAGUGGCCAACCCAAUAAGGAUGUAUCGUGCCAUUCCGGCUACACAGUUUUAACAGUGCUGCCUGAUGUCAGCUGUUCGGGAACCCACCAGUGUGGAAGGAGCCCUCAGUGGUUCCAUAUUGUCAAAAGAAUCCUUUACAGUAGUGCCACUGGCCCCGCAGAGAAUAUGGGAUUGAUGACUUACUGACAACCCCCAGUUCUCAAACCAAGGCUGCUGAUUCUGACAUGCACAUGUCUCAGGUACACACUUUCCAGGAAUCCAAACUUAAUAAAGAAUGCCUCUACAAGGAGCCCUAAGAUUCCCUCCCUUCGCACACUACUGAGAAACGCUAAAACAGGGCCCCACCUAAGCCAGCAUAGCAUAAGGCAGUGCCACAGACAAACCUCCAGAGAUGACCUCCAAGCCAAACUCAAACAACACACACAACACACCCACUCCCACAUACUUGGGGGUGGGCGCAAAUUCCUCUGACUCCCCCCAAGCCGGACAACACCACCACUGCCCUACUGACCCACACAGAUGCCUAAAGCCAAGCCUCCAUGGAGGAUGUGGGCAGCAAACCCCCCACACGUCGAAGCACCACAGCUACCAGUCACCUGGGCCCCACUGCCUUCCUCCUGCUCCGGAACAACCAUUUAGCCAAGGGUGACGCAGGCAACAUGGGCGCACUCAUCCCGCUUUGCAACCUGCCGCCCUUAGACCGGUCCUCUGUCGGCUUCGACCUCGACCUCGAUGCCAUGCGGCCGUUGUUACUGCGACGGCCCAGGCUGUACCAGCCUGUGAUAUCCAGAUGGAUACGCUGACUGCAGUCACAGUGGCAUCGUUGACGCUUUACGUCAUGUGCAAGGUGGUGAGUCACAACAUCAUCACAGACAUCAAGCUAGAUGAGCGGGGGAAAAGGACUUCCACCGUGAGCCCUAACCACUAACUGGAAAAUUAUCUCCACGGCACCAGGUUUGGGGGUCAGUACAUACGGUAAAGAGAUCAAUGGAAUGCAGACCAUAUCUAACAAAGUGGAUAUUCAUCAAAUCCGUCAUUAUUUAUAUUUAAUAACAGGCCCACGAUGUGGUAACUAAAAUCUGAUUUGGAUGUUUUUGCUCUAUGAUAUCUAGAAGUUGUUCUUUCGGGUUUAGAACUAAUGCUUGUGUAAACUGGUAGCAUAGCAUGCCAUAUAGAAAUCGGUGGUGGUAGUCAUUUUUAAGUGUAAUGCAAUUGAUUGGUGACGAUGACAUGAACUUGUAUUGGGGUUUACAAGCAUUAUACUCUGAUUUUUACCCCAACAGUGUGAAAUACACAAUGGCCAACAUUUUGAUGGCCGCCAUUGCAGAAAUUCUGGGUCUAUGAGCAUAGGGGGAACAUAUGCGUGGUUGUUUUAGUUCAACUCUUACCUGCAUUUCCCAAGUUGACUGAAUAAAAAAUGAUAUUGACCCCAAACCUGCAUGGUACAUCUCCUUUCAAAAUCUCACAUUUUUUAGAGGAUCAGGAAAUGCCUCACUGCAAAUCAUCCACUGAUGAAGUCCAUCAUCUUGUCUGGCUGGUAGGCUGUGCCAUGACUUGCUGAUCAGUAUUGGUCCUUCCAUUGUACCAGAUUCUUAUGAUCAGAAAUGUUUAUCUGUGCAGACCUGCCAACCUGCACACAUUCUUUCUCCAAAUCAGUGCAGAUGAAGGAAUGGCGACAAGGAAGCUACUUUUGUGAUACACCCAUAAUGUUGAGGCUAGAGUCCUUUUUGGGAAAGAAAAUAUGGACUAGGGCAGGGAUCAACCAGCUGCGGGAUGAUUUUUUUUCUUGAGCGGAUUGUCGGGGUCCCGGAACAUUAUUACAAAUCAUUUGUGGACUGCAAGUAGCCCAAACCGAUACCUGUAUGUUUGACUAAAACUGAAUCAUUUCAAACACGAAUACUUGAACAGGUUUCUUAAAUAAAAUCACUUGGAGCUGAUUUCCUGGUGUUUUUACAGUCCAACAAUAAAUUCCACACAUUUUGGCCUCAACUAUUUUAUUUUUCAAAUAAAACCAUUUGGCCCACAGGCCACCAGUUGGGGAACCCUGGACUAGGGUGUGCUUUAACCUCUCAAACACCUGUGAUAAGACAAUCGGAGUCAAUUAUUGUUUGUUGCCUCAUGUUCUAAGGUAAGUGUCAAACUCAUUCCAUGGAGGGCUGAGUGUCUGCUGGUUUUAGCUCCUCCCUUGUACUUGAUUGAUCAAUAAGGUCACUGAUUAGUUAGGAACUAGUCCCCUUACCUGGGUGUCUAGGUCUUAAUUGGACACACAUUGAAAGUAAAUAAUGAUAAUACACUCGGCCCUCCAUGGAAUGAUUUUGACACCCAUGUUCUAAGGUUACACUAAAUUAAUUUGAUAAUUUCACACAGUAAAGUGCUGUACACUGAUUGUUGAAUAUAUGUUAUCUUUUCUAUGUUCAUUAUUCAGCACUGUGCCUUUGGAAUACUAAUUAAAUAAACAAGCUAAUAUGUAAA